AUGAAGGCUUUAAUACCGUUGCUGGCACUCUUCGCCUUCGGGGCGGCUUCCACCACUUCUCAAAGCAAAGUCAUCUGCUAUUACGACAGCAAGAGCUAUGUCAGAGAAUCUCAAGCUCGCAUGCUGCCUAUGGACUUGGAUCCUGCGUUAUCUUUCUGCACCCACUUGGUCUACGGAUAUGCUGGGGUUCAGCCUGACACGUACAAGAUGAUCUCGUUGAACGAAAAUUUGGAUAUUGACCGCACUCACGCAAACUAUAGAACUAUUACCAACUUCAAAACGAAGUACCCUGGUCUUAAAGUGUUGCUGUCAGUUGGCGGAGAUGCCGAUAUUGAAGAGCAACAAAAAUACAAUUUGCUGCUCGAAUCGCCACAAGCUCGCACUGCAUUUGUGAACUCAGGAGUAUUAUUGGCGGAACAACAUGGUUUCGAUGGUAUUGACCUAGCGUGGCAGUUCCCAAGGAUCAAGCCUAAGAAGAUUCGCUCCACUUGGGGAUCUGUCUGGCAUGGUAUCAAGAAGACGUUUGGCACUACUCCCGUUGAUGAAAAGGAGUCUGAACAUCGUGAAGGAUUCACUGCUCUUGUACGGGAAAUGAAGGCAGCUUUGAACUUGAAGCCAAACAUGCAGCUCUCUAUCUCCGUCCUACCCAAUGUUAAUGCUAGCAUUUACUACGACGUCCCUGCUAUCAUUAACUUGGUAGAUAUUGUCAAUCUUAACGCCUAUGACUAUCAGACACCAGAAAGGAACCCUAAAGAGGCUGACUACACAGCACCUACAUACAAGCCACAAAACCGUAAUGAACACUUGAACGUUGACGCCGCUGUUUCCUACUGGCUGACCGCUGGUGCACCAAGUAGUAAAAUCGUAGUAGGUAUCGCGACAUUCGCUCGUACGUGGAAGCUCGACUCAGACAGUGAAAUUUCCGGCGUGCCACCAAUUCACACUGAUGGAGCCGGUGAAGCUGGACCCUACACCAAAACUGAGGGUAUACUGAGCUACCCUGAAGUGUGCGCCAAACUCAUCAACCCUAACAACCAAAAAGGAAUGCGUCCUCAUUUAAGAAAGGUCACCGAUCCCAGCAAACGUUUCGGAACAUACGCUUUCCGUCUACCCGACGACAGCGGUGAACCCGGUCUCUGGGUAAGCUACGAGGAUCCCGAUACCGCUGGACAGAAGGCGACAUAUGCCAAAUCAAAGAAUCUUGGCGGUGUAUCCAUCGUUGACCUUUCAAUGGACGACUUCCGUGGCCUCUGCACGGGUGACAAAUACCCUAUCCUCCGCGCUGCCAAAUACCGCCUA